ACGCGUCACGCGUGGUAGUUCUUCAAGAAGAUACAAUCAUACAACGUCUUUACUAUUUGACUAUAGUUACUACUGCGAAACAUUGCAUAAAGCACUAUUAUCUUUUCAAAUAAGAACAGUGGGUACAUUUGCAAAUAAGUUGCCUGCUUAAGUAUUAUUGGGACCAAGGAACAUGUGAAUUAGUGAUGGCUCACAAAAAGAAGAACAGUGACUGUUUUAAGAAUUCCCUCUUUGGAGAACCGAGUUUAAAUUGAGAGGAUCUACAAGACGUUUACUAAUAAAUGAUGCAGGGUAGCUCAUACAUUAUGAAUGAAUGUGAGAAUAUGGCUGGACCACCUCCAGGAUAUCACCAUGGGCCUUCUCCAGAAGGAACUAUGAAUCAUCAGUACUAUGGUCAACAUGCUCUUAUCAAGGCUAUUCAUCUGUAGUCCAGAAUCAAUGGUAUCAAUCUGGAUAUGGCUAUACACAUAAUCGUAAGCCCAUUGACAUGUGGGCCAUGCAAUCGUACAUUUUACAGUCCAAAGAUGGAUGAGCAUGUAAAGGAACAUGUAGAUUGUCCUUUCCCAGAAUGUAAACUGAGUGCUCAUAUCAAAGUUAUUGACCAACACAUUAAUAACCAGCAUAUGCUCAUCAAUUUUGAAGCCCUUCAGAUAGAUGAUGAAACUUGGAUUGCAGAACGUAAAAAGCGAUUUCCAACAUCUCAGAGGGCAGAGCUGCGAAGAGCAGAACAGAUGGCGAAACUGAAGAGAGGAGAGAAAUUAGGUGUUAAUAAAAAGCCCUUCAAUAAAGAUAAGAGUUUCAGGAACAAGAGAGGGAGAGAGGGAAAACAAAUUACAAUAAAGAUACAAAAUGUCAAAAUAAGCGUUAGGUGUACACCUUUUAAAGGGACCAGACACUUUUACGAAAGUGUCGGGGAGGUGAAUUACUUUUCUUUAAAUAAUUUAAGCAAAAACUCACCGGAGAAAGAAUUUGUCAUCAGUGAUGAUGAAGAGUGGGAGGAAGAGAAGAAAAUUGAUGGAAAAAUGGUAUUAGGUGGUGCCUUGGGAACACUGAUGGGUGCUUAUUCUGACUCAGAAGAUGAGGUAGCAGAUGAACCAAAUAUUAAAGUCAACAAUAAGGAUUUCGUAGCAACAACAGAGCAGAUGUCUGAACCAAAAAAGGUAACUGAGAAUUUAGUAAAUCAGAGUUCUAAAGAAGAAAAUUCAAGGGCUAGAACUAAGCGAAGACCCAGAACCCAUAGUAAGAGAAGUAAAAAGCCAAUAAAUAUUCAAAGAAGACCAAGGAGAAGGAAGCCACUUUUGGAGAGACUUCUCCAAGCUGACAUCAUUCAUGAAAGAAACAUCAUUCUGCAGUGUGUACGGUACAUAGUGGAAAAUAAUUUCUUUGAUGACAAGGUUAUAGGAAAGGCAAAUAUAGAGUCAGGAUUUCAGAAAGGACAGAAUGAUUCAGAAAUAAUUGAUUCAUUAAAAGACAAAAGCCAUAAUACUAGAAAUAUACCAGAUAAUGAAGUCAUUUCCAGUAAUGAUAAACUUACCGAUAAUCUGUCUGAGGAUCAGUGUUUAGAAUCUAGAGUUUUGGAGCAGAAUGAUAAUAUUGAAGGUAAAUCAGAAAUAGAUAACAACAGUCAGCAUUGUAAAAUUGCAGUAUCUAUUGCUAGUAAUGAUGUAUCUGUAUUGGUUAAGGAAGAACUUAUUAAUGACAACAAAUCUCCCAGUCAUGUUUCAGAUGUUGAGAAAAGUGUAAGACAAAAUAGUAAUGAACUGCACGACAAACCAGGGGACAGUGAAUGUAAUGAUUCUGUUACAUUUAAUUCGGCAAGGGAAUAAAGUAUCACACAGUAAAUGAAGAA